UCGGCGGGUUUUCAGAGGAGACGGGAAGAUGCUGCUGCUUCUGGGGCUGCGAAGGCUGCUGCUGCUGCUGCUGAGCGCCGCGGGCUGCAGCGGGUCGCUGUAGUCAGUCUGCUUCAACACCGCCUGCAUAGACCGGUUCACACACGCCGACCUGGACCAUGAGCAAUGAGUCGCCUGUUCUCACCAGUCUGUCUGAGAGCUCCACGGAUGUGCCUGUGGCGGCGGACCAGGUGGAGAACUAUGUGCUGCUGUUGGUGCUGCUGAGUGUUUUUGCCGGGGGGACGCUGGUCCUGCUCUCCCUGCUGCUGCUCUUCUGCCACCGCUGCUGCAUGGGCGGACGCCGCUACUCCAGAGCGAGCGAUGACCCCGAGAAGACAAACACCACAUAUGUUGAGGAUUCUCAGCCCACCCAAGAGAUCACCAUUCACCUGGAUGAAUCAGACGCAUUCUCAGCUGGCAGCUGUCACGAUGGGGAGUCGGAGCGGUUUGUCUCCACUGGGUCUACCGGCCGCAGAGUCUCCUUCAAUGAAUCUGCACUGUAUGAACUGGAGAAGACGACUCAGGACAAAGCACGCAGGUACACUCUGACCGAGGGAGACUUCCACCAUCUGAAAAAGGCCCGGCUGACUCACCUUGCCUUGCCCCCGGCCCCUUGUGACCUGAAAAUUCUCACCAUCAUGGAGUGUGACUCAACGGAGAGCAGCACCGUAAACAUCCACGAGACGGCCGCUCCCAAUCGGCCCCUCACCAUCUACCAGCCCAGUGAGAGAAGAGUCCCUGACUGGGUGGGACUGAGCCUCAGCAGAGGUCUGCCCGGAGACCAGCACCACUGUGCCAUCCUGGACCAGCGCCACGGACAAGCUUCAUGCGCCGUCAACACCCAGCAGGCAUGGUCCCAGACAAUGGAGGCUAUCGGAGACACAGGAGAGGCUCAGAGCGAACGGGUGCUCAGAGGAGAGUCGACUCAAGCCCCGGGCCAGACUUCAGUUCUACACUUCUUCACUAAACUGCGGCGUCAUGCUAGUCUGGAGGGGGCGGGGCCUUACUUCAGGAAGUGGAAGUUUGACAGCAGUCAUCGGGCCGCCAGCCUUGAUGCCAAAGGAUCCCCCAAGAGAAGACCCUUCCAGAGACAGAGAGCAGCAAGUGAAACCACUGAUCACACCGACGACUCUUUGUCCCUCCAAGAUGAGGUUAUUGAGUCGGUCCUACAGUCCCCCGUCCCGACCAGUGGCCUCCAGUCGCUCUCUGCAGAGUCUCUUUCUCAACCAGACACGGCACUCACAUCCUCAGUCUUCCUCAGCAGGUUAAAACCAGAGGCCAUGGGGGAGUUUAAUGGCAGCAGCGGCCCCAGAGGAGAAGAUCUCUGUUUGCCAACAAACGAUUGCUGCGCCCAGAGGAAAGAGGAGGCUAAAGCCAAUGGCACUCGAGUAGAAGAAGAGUUCGUUGCAGGUACUGGAUCGGAAGCAGGGAUAGCCGAGCUAGAAUCGGUGGAAGAUGACGACUUGUUUGUCGUGCAACAAGGAGCUGCUGUACAAGAGAGUUUUGAAGACAAGAUAACGAAUGUGAGGAAAACAAAUGAGGCGGAUGAAAGAGAUGAGCUGGCGUUGGGGGCUGAGGACGGUCUCAGGGCCCUAUCGGGCACUUCGCCUUCCUUCACGAAUCGCCAGGAGAGCUCAGAGGCUCCUCACUCCCUGUACAGAGACAUUUGGAGCUUGCGAGCGUCUCUCGAGCAGUACGCCUCCUCGGACCAGAGCAGCACCGAUCGGGAGUCCAUCCGCAGCGAUGGCGACAGCGGCUCGUCCCACGGCGGUGCAGGAGCUCGCUUUGGCCUGGACAGCUGCUUGUCCCAAGACCUGGACGAUGAGCCUGAAGGAGAAGGCGAGGGAGAGGGAGGAACCAGAGGGGCGUCGGGUGGGGACAGUGAGGUGGGAGGUGGAGCUGGGGGAGAGGGCGAGGCAGGGAACCGCAAACUCCUCCAGAUGGACAGCGGCUACACCUCCAUUGAAGCACCAUCCAGACCUCCGGACGAAAUGCGGCUUUUUGGGACUCCUGGAGCUCCAAGAGGGAAGACGGCGUCUGAGAGAAGGUCGUUCUUCACCAGCUCCGGGAGAAAAGGUUCAGUGUGCGAGAGCAUCGAGGCCCGGCUGUUACAGGAGGAACUGGAAGAAGAGAUGGCACACGGCGCCGAGGAGAAACUAAAGAACAGAACUCAAACUGCAGGCCAGUCUCUUACCUUUCAAGAACCGCAUGAGCUUCUGAAGACCCUUCAACCUCCGAAACCUCCGGAAUCCCAGUUGCUGUCUCAGCUGAUUAAGCCAAUCCCACAGGCCUCUACUCCUCUCAAACCUCGCCUCCGCCGCCGCGACUACAGCAUCGACGAGAAGACAGACGCCCUCUUCAACGAGUUCCUCCGUCACGAUCCACGGUUCGACCAGCAGGAUCCGCCGCUGCGCACCAGGCAUCGAUCCAGAGUUCACCUCCGAAAGCAGUGGCAGCGACACAAGCAAUACAGCGACCCGGGGUCAGGUGCUGGAGGCAGGUACUCCCCGUCUUUGGAGAGGCAGCGGUUCACGCCGCUGAGGAGAGGCGACAGUGCCGGGUACCCUCUGGACACCAGGUAUCACAGCACCCUGUCGCGCAUCGCCAGCGCUGCCGACGAGGAGGCCUGCGAGGUCACGCCUGGGGAGGAACCCACCAAAGAGAGCUCAGACGGCACCGAGCCGUCAAGUGGAGGCGGCGGCUGCGCAGGGGGGGGAGCCGUUAAGAGCGCCGAGUCGACCGGCGAGGGCGACGGCCGCCAGGAGAGCAGAGCCGGCCCGUCUUUGGGCGGCACAGGGGGGAGCCGCGCGGAUCCCACGGUCGCCAACAGAAACAACAACAGCAGCCGAGCCGGUGGGCCGGAGCGCAGCCUGGCGGACAAGGCGGCGGCGGCGGUUGAAGAGCGGCUCUACGGCGGCCUGCGCAGCGCAGAGAAGCUGGGCCAGGGCGGGGCGGAGCGGGCGCUCGCUGUGUCGGCCUCACCCGGCUUCAGCCCGAUGUAACCUGUGGAUCUCUUCUCCCAUCGGCUUCAUCUCACAUCCAAUACGUAUAGACGGCAGACUUGAAUUCAGUGUCCAUAGCAGUUCCGUGUGUUAGAUACUCGUGUCCCUUGCAUUUAAAUGAAUGUGAUUCACACAGAUAUGUCCUGCAGGACAGAAGAACAGUGUCUCGUGGUAUUUCCAUUCACACCUUGAUUUCCACUGAGCCCCUUUUGUAUUGGUAAUCGUUCAAAAAAAAUCAAAUGCAUUUAUUACACAGCUUAACCCAUCAUUAGAAGAAAUGAACAUUUUCAGACUUAACUGUGAAUUUCCAGCAUGCUACUGUACGUUCAAACAAUGUGUAUGUGAAUACUUAACGGUUUUGACUUUGAAACAAAAAGCACUUUGAUAGGAAAAAGAAAGCGAUGGAGUUUCUGUCACCAAUUUCUCUCAUUUUAAAACAAUAUCCUCCCCAAGUGUCCUUCUCUCAAUCACAAGUGUUAAUGUCUUUGGGAACGCUUGAGGUUUACGGAUUUGGCGAAAAGUAGUACACUGACCACCUAAUUGACAAAAAACUAUCUCCGUGAUCAUGAGAUCUCAGAGGGGUUAGCAGGUAAAAACAUAUCCAAACAGCCAACUGUCAAUGGACUAUUGCGCAUCAUGGAUUUUUAUACUCAUAUUUCAUCUAUUUUUCAUUAGAUUUUUGUUAAUCGUUUGUCCUUACUAUUCCUUACAAUUAAGGAGGGGGAAUCUAGGAACUAUGGCUCCUAGCGAAGUGUUGCAUCAGUGCUGUGACUUUGUUGAGGGGGAGACAGGCAGCUGACACUUUAAGUGACUGACAGGAGCCUCGCUGGCUUUGAGACAGAUGGUCCCGGGACAGAGACGAGGCAAAUAGCAGUGGCCGUGGAUAAGCUCAUUCAGUACUCCUGAAUAAAAGAUCUGGUGAUUAUUUUCCUUAUUGUCAAUGCAAUGAGAAUAACUACUUGUUCAUCUUAAAAUGAAGCAUUACAUGCAUGGUUAAAGCCUGACGUAGUUUAUUGCACUUCCAUACUAUUAAAGACAAAUUAAAUAGUGAGCCACAUGGCUGGAGCAGACGAGUCAAUCAUUACUACAAAUGGGCACAUUUGGAGCACACUAGUUUUCGAAAAUCAAGUGCACAGCAGUUUUGGUGUAUCAUGUACUAUAAAACAAAAAUGUCACAUUUCCUAAUACCUAUCUCCCAUGAAGUCAGAAAGUAUUAUGAGACAAACU